CGGUGAGAUAUCACAGCAGCGCGACUGUUGCAUUAUUGCCCUUGCGUCGUUAGGGUUUUAUUAUCACCUUUCGUUGUUGUAGGCUUGUAUUAACGAAGACAUCACAGAGUCGCCGAGCUCGGUAGGGAACAAGGAGCGAAAAUGCCGUCGCACAAGACUUUGAAAAUCAAGAAGAAGCUGGCGAAGAAGAUGAGGCAGAACAGGCCCAUCCCUCACUGGAUCCGUAUGAGGACCGAUAACACUAUCAGGUAUAACGCGAAACGCAGGCACUGGCGCCGUACUAAGCUAGGGUUUUGAGGUCGAUGCGGAUUUCUUCUCUUUUUUUUUUCUUGGUUCCUUGGUUGAAUUAGGUUUUACAGUACAUGAUGAAACUGACAGGGACACUUUUUGAUUUUGUGUACCCCUGAUCUAUUGGAUUUUCAUUUAGACCUUUCUUAUCUAUGUAAUUUUGGGGCGAUUUUAAGUGGAUACUCCUUUUGAGAUCAUAUUUUGCUUUCAUAAUGUUCAUAUAUUCGCAUUUUCUGCUUGAUUAG